AAAAUUCUAGAGCAGGGUAAAAAUUAAACCAUAUAGAUUUCCCGAAUAAGCUACUCAAUUUUUUCUUUGGCUAUAACUCAAAAGAUAAAAGGGUUUAAAAGUUAGUUAGGAUUCCGUUAUUUUCGCGCCAAACGCUUUCGUUAGCAGAAAGAGAAGAGAGAGAUAUCUUGCGAGAAAUAUCAGACAGAAGAAAGGAAAAUUGGGGUAAGAGAGGGAACGAGGCGAAAACCCAGAAAGUUUUUCUCUCAAUCUCUCUCUUCAAUUCUUUCUAUCUCCUCCCAAACCCGUCGGAAAGUUUUGGUUUUCUCAGCGGCAUUUUAACAAACAGUUGGUGGGCAUGUCUUUAUCAGACGAAUCGACACCGUUGCCCAUCAACUGUACCGCGGUCGCCAUUGAUAAGGAUAAGCAUAGCCAAUAUGCGGUGAAAUGGGCAAUUGAACAUCUUUUGUCGGGCAACCAUUUCCUCAUCUUGAUUCAUGUUAAGCAGAGAAAUCACAGUGGAUUUUUUGAUGUAGGUAUGUCCGGUAUUGAAGUUGAUCCAACACAUAUCUUCAUCCCUUAUCGUGGAUUUUGUGCUCGCAAAUCGGUUCAAGUGAGAGAGGUUGUUCUUGAAGAUUCUGACAUAGCUAGGGCUAUCCUGGACUAUGUAAACUGCAACUUCAUCACUAACAUUGUUGUUGGCGCAUGCUCAAGAAAUGCUAUUGUGAAAACGUUUAGAAAGCCUGACGUGCCUAGUCAUGUGACCAAAUUUGCUCCAGACUUCUGUUCUGUAUAUGUGAUUGCAAAGGCGAAAGUACUCAGUGUACGGUCAGCACAGCGUCCUGUUGCCAAUACGCCUACUCCUCCUAAGCUUUCAUGUUCACUUGGAUUAACACAUCAACUUUCAGGCGAACAUGGACUUAUGGAAGACACAAGAUCACCUUCUUUCCGAGCAUCGAGCGUCAGUGGAUCUGACAGAAGAUAUUGGGACAGAAACGGUGAUGGAAGUAGGGCUGGACGACGAGGAACCGUGUUCGGUACUGCUUGGAAAGGUUCGUCAUCAAUGGAAAAUAUUGACAUUGCUGCUGGAACUUCCACCCACCGCAUUUCCUUAUCCGAUGAUGCUGAUAAUCUGGACCAAGUUCCAUUCCGUAGUAUGCUUGAUAUUGAAGCCAAAGACUCAGACUUUUCUUUUGUUGGUGGUCCUCCAAGAAGGGAUCACACUCACUCACCUAAUGAUCUUGAGGCAGAAAUGAGACGUCUAAGGCUUGAGUUGAAGCAAACUAUGGAUAUGUACAGCACAGCUUGCAAAGAAGCAAUCACAGCAAAGCAGAAGGCUAAAGAGCUUACUGAUUGGAAGAUGGAAGAACUCCGGAAGUUUGAGCAUACACAGGAUUCUGGUGACUCUAGUAAUGCAAUUGUUGAGAUAGAGAAGGCUAAGUGCAGAGCUGCUAUAGAAGCUGCUGAAGCGGCACAAAGGUUAGCUGAGAAAGAAGCACAGAAAAGAAAGCUUGCAGAAUCAAAGGCUAAGCAAGAAGCAGAGGAGAAGAAUAGGGCAUUGAAUGCUUUAGCUCAUAAUGAUGUAAGGUAUAGGAAAUAUACCAUUGAUGAGAUAGAAGUUGCAACUGGAAGUUUUUCCGCAGAAUUUAAAGUUGGUGAAGGUGGAUAUGGACCUGUUUAUCAAGGUAUACUGGAUCAUACACCAGUUGCUAUCAAAGUAUUAAGACCAGAUGCUGCACAAGGAAGGAAGCAGUUCCAACAGGAGGUUGAGGUCCUAAGCAGCAUGAGACAUCCAAAUAUGGUUCUUCUCCUAGGAGCAUGCCCUGAGUAUGGUUGCUUGGUUUAUGAAUUCAUGAACAAUGGAAGCUUAGAGGACAGGCUCCUCCGAAGAGGUGGGACCCCCACAAUUCCAUGGAGAAUCCGAUUCAAAAUAGCAGCUGAGAUUGCAAUUGCCCUUACAUUUCUCCACCAGGCAAAACCAGAACCCCUUGUACACCGUGAUCUAAAGCCAGCAAACAUCCUCUUAGACAGCCAUUAUGUGAGCAAAAUCAGUGAUGUUGGUCUAGCUAGAUUGGUUCCACCAUCUGUAGCAAAUAGUGUCACACAAUGUCACAUGACUUCUGCUGCAGGAACAUUCUGUUACAUUGAUCCUGAGUAUCAACAGACAGGAAUGUUGACAACUAAAUCUGAUAUAUACUCUCUUGGGAUAAUGUUGCUUCAGAUAAUUACUGCAAAACCUGCAAUGGGUCUCAGUCAUCAUGUUCAACGAGCCAUUGAUACUGGAACUUUUUCUGAAGUACUUGACCAGAAUGUGGAUGACUGGCCAAUUGAAGAAGCUCUUUCCUUUGCGAAAUUGGCCUUACAAUGUUCCGAGCUUAGGAAAAGGGACCGCCCAGAUCUUGCUACUGUUGUGUUGCCAGAACUCAAUCGACUUAAAGAUUUUGGGAUGACUGAAGAUCCCAGAAAUUAUUACGCUUAUCAGCCAAGAAUUCACAACCCAGUUCCACGCCCAAGGUCAACAUACUCACCAAUAGCCAAGGCUGGGAAAAGUUCUUCAUCAAGUUCACAUCAUCGAUCAUCAAAUUCUAGCCAGAAAAUAUCCACAAACUGAUGUUGGCUCAGCAGAUCAGUGCCCUCUAUAUUGCAGGGGUCAACAAGGAGCAUUCCUUGGACGCCGUCACAAAGCUCAGAUGAAAGUCCCUUAACUUCUUCAGGAAGCAUGUAGAAGGAGGCCACAUCAGCCACUGGUGAAAUUAUUAACAUUAACUAUCUAUACAAGAUGAACAUUGAUAUAAUUUAUCAUGUUUCUUUCUAAAAUGUAGAUCCUGUAAAUGAAAUUUAAGGCUUUAUAUACAUGGGGGGUUGUUUUUGUAACAUACCAUGCUUCGAAAGUGAAGGAGAAUGAAUAAUUUUUGAUUCUUUUUAUGCAUAUAUUCCUACACGAUCGUCCUUU